GCUGCUCCACGCGGGAAAAAGUCCGCAUUUUUCUCCCUCUGCCUUGGUACGUCCUGCGUAACAUCCGGAAUUAUGUUUUAGCACGGAGUCUCGAUUCUUAUAACAUCUUUGUAAGCAAUUUGUUUAGUAUUUUUCUUAAAUUAUGCCACAAAAGUCGAAUUAAUUAUCAAAAUAUAAAAUCGGUUCUGUAUUACGUGAGAAGAUGCUUCACGUAGAUGAAUUCCAAAAAGGGAAUAAUUUUUCUCCGGCAAAUCUUAGGCCAGCCUUUGAGCUGGGUCCUUGAACUGUAAACAUUCGCUUUUUCAGUGUUUCUGAGACAACGAACUGUACAGAUACUGGUACUCGUGUGCAGAAUGGUAACGUGAGAGGGAAAACAUGAAAAAACAACACAGAAAAAUAUUCAUCCUGAUAGUUUUUGUCUAUGUGGUGUUUUCCUUGUAUGCUGCAUACAAUGUAUUUUUUAAUACGAAGGUGAUCACCCGUGUCCACAGAGUGGUGAAGAAAAUCACAGCCGCAACCUCCGCUGGUGGUGUUGUGGCUGCUUACAUUGGGGAUGAGGUGUGGAACCCUUGGGAGGAUGAGCAGGCUGAUGCGCUUUCUGCUCUGCACAAACAGAGGGGGGCUUUCAGACAAUACCAGGAGCACAUUGAUAAGAACAGGCCCAAGAGAUACAAAGUUCAAAUCUGGGGGAAAGCUGCCAUAGGACUUUACCUUUGGGAACAUAUUUUAGAAGGUCCCCUCAACCCCACUGACAUAACAGCACAGUGGAGAGAGGGGGAGAUACAGGCAGGAAAGAUAGAUUUCAGUUUCUACACAGGCCCAGCGGUGAUCCAGGGCCACGUUCCUCUGGACACAGACAGUGUGGUUCUGGUGCUGAACGGCCGGGAGCAGCAGAAGAUCUCCUACGCCACCCGAUGGCUGCAGCAUGUCCAGACCCUGAUGCAGUUCCACGCUGUGAAUCGUGUGGCUGUGGUGCUGCUGGGCAGCGAGCGCUGCACCAACGACUGGAUCAGCCCCUACCUGAGGAGGCACGGGGGCUUUGUGGACCUGCUCUUCCUGGUCUAUGACAGCCCCUGGGUCAACGACAAGGAUGUCUUCCAGUGGCCCCUCGGAGUAGCCACAUACAGGCAGUUUCCUGUGGUCAUGCCAAACUCCCAGAUGGUGAGCUCCACAAGGCCCUUCCUCUGUAACUUCCUGGGAACUGUCUACAAGAACUCCUCGAGGGAAACACUCAUGGGGAUCUUGAAACAAACAGGACUGGACAAAGAGUGCAUCACUACUGCCAGAGAGAAGUGGCUUCCUCAGGAGACAGUGGAGAGUCUGAGACGGUACAAGACAGCCCUGGCCCAAAGCGAGCUCACCCUCUGCCCCGUGGGAAUCAACACAGAGUGCUACCGCAUCUACGAGGCCUGUGCCUACGGCUCUGUACCCGUGGUGGAGGACAUUGUGACCCCAGGUGGGUGCUCUGCUGCACGCAGCUCCCCACUGCGUCUCCUCAAAGCUGCAGGAGCUCCCUUCAUCUUUCUCAAAGACUGGAAGGAGCUUCCAGGCCUCCUGGAGAAGGAGAAGGGGAUGACCCAGGAGGAGAGGACUGAGAGGAGGAGGACACUGCUGGAGUGGUAUAGCAGCUUCCGCCAGCAGAUGAAGGACAGGUUCACCGAGGUUUUAGAGGAGGCCUUCUUCAAAAACAGCUAAGUCUUUUUAAAGCUCAGAGGAAAACACAAAAUGGCAAAUAAUUACGAGGUACAAUGUGGAUCUCAUUGGCAGUGUGUUUGAGGGAGAAAAGCCACCUUUUUUUGGAUUUAUGUGGGGUUAUGGCUCCAUUUUGUAAAGUUACCACUGGUAGCUGACAACUUUCUCUCACACAAGAUAAUGUUCAAACAAAACAUUUCUUUCAGUCUAUGGGUGAAUUAUAUUAGAGUGAGGUGGCUGUAAAUCUUGUUGUUCUCCAUAUUUUAUUUUACAUAGUUCAAGAUUUACAUGUAUUUAAUUUGUAUUUAUGUUGUAACAUAAAAGAUUAGGGAUUUCAGUUACUCUUGAACUACUUUCUGAAUGCACACUCCAAAGCAACAUUGUAUUCGACCUUUCAGUAAGGCCCAGUUAUUGUAUUUUUACCAGAGGAGGCUGGUGGGUGGAGCUAUAGGAGGACAGGCUCAUUGUAAUGGCUGGAAUGGAAUUAAUGU